UCCGAAAACAAAAAGUGUAAAUUUAAGAACGCCCUCUUUGGUUGAUCGGCUUCCGUUAAACACUUUAGUUCAUGAAAUGGCAGUGUGAUGCAUUCUUAAGCUGGGUGAAGUGAAUUCUCUUUGGAGGAUUAUUAGAAUUUCAAAACACGAAAGAAGUACUCUAAAUUAUUGAAGAUACCGAUCAACAAAGCAAUUAGUGACUGUAUGCAAUGUCCUCUAAUACAAUUUCUGAGGUAUAUGAAUUCGAAUGAAUGGAUAUUCAGAAACUUUUACUAGUAGUUAACUAUUUUGGAUGACAGUUGGACCAUAUAAUUCUUUCAAAGAAAUAUUUUGAUUAUACUUCAUAUAAAUGAUUGUAUAGUGAUAAUGGCACCAAGAAGAGGAGAAGAGAUGCAGAUUAAAAGAAGAGCAGCUACAGGUUGUAAAUUACCAAAUCAAUUACCAGUUGGAGAAAUAUUAACUGAUAUUACUCAAAACAAAUGGAAAUUGGGACAUACAAUAGGAUAUGGUGGAUUUGGUGAUAUAUACUUAGCAUCAAAUGAUCUUAACUCACCAGUUGGAGAAAAUGCAAAAUAUGUUAUAAAGAUUGAACCACAUAAUAAUGGCCCAUUAUUUGUUGAAAUGAAUUUUUAUAUAAGAGCAGCUCGUAAACAUAUGAUUGAUAGUUGGUGUAAGUCACAAGGAAAAAAGCGAAUAGGUGUUCCAACAUAUGAAGGAUCAGGUUCUCACGUGUAUGAGGGUGAAAAAUACAGAUUUUUGGUAAUUCCAAGAUAUGGUAUUGACAUUGGAAAAUUGUUUCUAUCAAAUGGAAGGAAAUUGCCAAUUAAACUUGUUAAUAAGCUAGCAGUUCAAAUGCUGGAUGCGCUUGAAUAUGUUCAUAGUCGAGGAUAUGCUCAUGCAGAUGUUAAAGGAUCAAACAUUUUAUUAUCUUUAUGUGAAGUCAAAAGAUCUCAAGCAUAUUUAGUUGAUUAUGGGUUGGCUUAUCGUUUUCGGACAGCAACAGGUAUGCAUAAACCAUUUGUUCAUGAUGAAAGAAGAGCACAUGAAGGAACAUUAGAAUUUACAUCAAGAGAUGCACAUCAUGGAACACAUUCAAGAAGAGGAGAUUUAGAAACAUUGGGGUACAAUAUAUUACAAUGGUUAUGUGGUAAAUUACCUUGGGAGAAAGAAAAUGAUAGUGUGCCAUCAACAAUGGAUCCUGAAGAAGUUCAUGCACAAAAAGAACUUUUUUUUGCAAAUAUACCAUUAUUUAUGAAUGAAUGUUUUCCUUUUGAAAAGCCACCUGCUGCCAUCGUGGAAUAUAUGACAUAUAUUACUGAAUUGGGAUUCGAAAGUAAACCUAAUUAUUCUUACCUACGUGGUUUAUUUCAGUCUGGUUUUAAACAGAAAAAUAAUGUUCCUAUAUGUUUAUAUAGUUUAAAAGAAUCUAGUGAAAAUAUUUCUUGUCCCAUAUCUUUUAAACGACCAUACUUAAGAGAAAGAAAACCUUGCCAACCUGUUAAUGCAGAGAUUCGUAUAACGCGAAAUAUGCAACCGAAAAUAAAUGUUGAAGUUGAGAAGAAGGAAUUUUGCUGGGAAGCAGUAUUAGCACUUCACCCUGAUAAACUUGCAAAAAUUAAUAUGCAGUCUCCGCCAUCGCCACUUACACCACCUCCAUCUCCACCUCCUCCAUCUUUACCCACAUACGCUAUGUUAAAUGUAAUUCAGAGGAUGAAAGAAAAACAAUCAGGCACAUUUCGACAAAAAUUAUUACCAAAAUCAUUAGACGAUGUUAAAGGGAAAUUGAUGACGCCAGCCAUGGAACAAAUAGUUCAAUUAAGAAAAAAGUCUUCUGUACCAACGUUUCCUCCACCUAUGUCAUCGCCACGUGUAACUCGUUCACGAGUGGCUAAGACAAAACGACUUCAGAAUGAGAAAUCCUACAAGGAAAUGCAAAGUAGCAAAAGAAGAAAAGGUCCAUCAUAAACAGAAACAAUUUUUCUAAAUACUGUUCCAGUCUUCAUUCCAUGUACAAUGGAAUCACCAGCAAGUUAUCUAAAUAAUGGAUAUAUGCUUAAGUAUUAUUCUUUAUUAGUUUAUUUAGAUUUUAUAAGAAUAUACUCUUGAUGUUCCUGUUACAAGGACAAAAUUGAAUUAAUUAGCAAUGCCUCGGGUGUGCUUAGUACACCAAUUUUUGUAAGACUGCUUUAUCGUCAUUAUUUGUUGUUCGAUAAAAUGAACGUAAGAUUUUUUAAAUAACUGUAUAGCGAACAAAUAAUUACAAAUAGUGAGGUAACUGGAAAAUUACACUUUUUCCUUAUAAAAAAAUAAUUUUAACCCAAUUGAAAUAAGACUUGCUCAUAGACACAGUGAUAAAAUAUCAUCACUUCGAUACAUACAAAAUAUUGAAAUAUUUCGUAAUUAUCAUGAUAAACUUAUGAUCUGAAUACUAAAUUUAAACUAAACUACUAAAUUUAUUUUAUUAAAUUUAAACGCUUAUUUCUUUAUUUUAUGAAAUACACGGUUAUUAAAAGCACAAUAUGCUAUAUAAAUAAUGUUAGUAUUUCAUUGUUUUUAGUAAAAUGAAAGUUAUUGAAAUAGUAAAUUACUAGUAGUUAAAAUGUUUAAAAUGUAUUUAGUUUUUUAUCAUUAUAAUUGUUUUGUAACUCAUAUGACGUAAAUCAAACAUUUUAUAUUUAUAUAACAAUAACAUGAUACCUUGAUUUUAUGAUCAGACAACAGUUUGUAUUCUUAUACAAAAUGUGGAAUUUAAGUUAGUAAGAAUCACGCGAAUGAUCUUUUUAAUAUCAAAGUAUAUAUUCAAACAUAAAGUUGUUAAUAAUAUAAACAGAAUUGUAGUAUAUAGCGAAACAAUACAAUGAUGAAUAGUAACGUGUGUAAAAAUUUACAAUCGUAAACUGUUGUUUGUUCUUAAUAGAUCAGUAUUGACCCACUAAUCGCUUACACAAUUAAAAUGCAACAGUUUACGUUUGUUACUAUAAUUACAAUAUACUGACAAGAAUGCGUGUGUGGUAUAAUUAAUACAAAUAUUUUAAUUGAAUUUUUGAUUUUUUUACCUGACUUAAUUAAAGAAAAAAAAAACAUUUCAAAGUUUGUCUCCUGUUUACAUAAUAUUAUCUCAUGUUACUUUAAUAUAAUGUAAUCUAAUUUGCAUUAACUUUUAUCCAAUACUUGCAUAACAUAAAGCCCAAUAAACCAUUGUAUAUAUUUAUAAUAGGGAUCAUGUAUAGAUAAAAGGGACAAUUUAUUUACAGUAAUUUGUGAUAAUUUUAUUUGUAUUUUCUUAAGUUAUGUGUACCUGUGCCACAAAAGCAGAAUUGCUAAAGACUUAAAGAUGUAUUGUAAUUAAAUAAAUACACAUACAUUUGUAA